ACAACAAACAUUUAAAACUUGGGUCUCCAAAUCAACAUAUCUCCAUCUCAUCAAAAUGCUUCUCGUUAUAUCCCUGUUGAUCUCAUCCACAUUUUUAGGUAUAGGUCAAUGCCAGCAGAUCUGUGAUUUCAUCAAGCUUCAAAAAAGCCUGGAGAAUGGUUUAUCUAUAACUGUGCGUCCAACAAAUAACUGGGUAAAUCCAACAACUGUGUUUGUGAAUUUCAACUUACAUUCCAUUGUGGAGAUGAAUAUGAAUAUGCAGACUUUAACCACAUAUAUCCUGUUUGAAAUGGCAUGGAUGAAUGAUUUUAUAUCCUGGAAUGCAAGUAAUUUUUGUGACAUUGACACUGUGAUUGUUCCUGAUUCAACCUUUUGGAAACCAGACCUCUACAUUUAUGAACUGAUUGAAUCUAGUUAAACAGAUGACAAGCCGAUUGUAAUUCCUUAUUACAUUAUGCAUGAUUUCGGAAUGAUGAGACAGUUUAAACCAUUACGGAUUGUUAGUACCUGUACCGUAAAUAUUUUCAAGUUCCCCUUUGACACACAGACUUGUGAUCUGACUCUCGGUUCCUUUGUGUAUUCAGUUGAUGAUAUCCUUAUGGUACCAUUUACUAAUUCCAGUACAGCGACCAAUGAAUCUAAACAAUCAUUUUCCAGUAAAGGAGACUGGGACCUGAUAAGCAUCACUGUACUUAACAAGACAGACGAGUAUGAUGAUGGAGCAAAAUUUGAUGUAGUGAAAUAUGAAAUAAAAAUAAAGAGAACUCCUCUAAAUUAUGUUAUUAACCUCAUUAUCCCAGCUGUUCUCAUGCUUUUCGUGGAUAUAUGCAGUAUGUUCAUCCAGUCAUAUGAAGACAGACUAGCUUUCAAAAUUACUGUGGUCUUGGGAUUCUCUGUGCUACUGCUGAUUUUGAAUGAUAUGCUUCCUAAUUCUGACACUCCACCUAUUUUAGGUGUAUUCUGCUGUGUGUGCAUGGGUACAAUGAUUUUCAGUAUAGCUGGCUGUGUGCUUACCUCUUACUUGAUGAAGUUAUCUUACAAGCAAUCUAAAGUUCCAUCGUGGAUGAACAAUUGCUUUCUACGAAAUAUAGCACGUGGGAUGUUUGUCAAAUGCAAUGGUGCCCAAAAAGAUCUGGAAAAAGUACUCCCCUUGGACAAAGAUUGUUACAACAAUAAUAACACAAAGAGAAAAUCUCUCCUGCCUGAGAAGAGGAAGAAGUUUCAGAGAAAAAGAAAACCUAACCCAGAGGUAAAACUUCUAAGAAAGAUACUGGCAGUGAUCGUGAAGAUCCAUGAGAAGUGGAAUACAUCCAUUGACCAAGAUAAUAUGAAGUCCGAGUGGUAUACAGCAGCAGUGGCGUUAGAUCGCCUGAUUGUUAUAGUUUAUCUCAUUAUUGUGAUUACUAUGGUAAUUAUCCUGAUUAUUUCUUGGACACAAUGAAAAGAAACUAGACUUU